CGGAUAAUGGGUCGGGUCGGGUAUUUUACCCGGUUUUUUUCGGAUACCAGAUUGGUACCGAACAUUAAUUACGCAUGUGUGUAUCACACUGUACCCGAGUCGUCUCUUCAACAUCCAUCCCCAAUUUCCCAAACCAAAAACGGCGAAACCCUACUUUUCGAUUCGUUUUCUCCAUUAGAGCCCUCGACACUCGACAGCCUCGACUCGAGAAUAGUGAAAAUGACUCUACAAAAAGGGCAGAUUGUGUUAGCUUCAACCACAAACCUCCAAACCUCAGAUAGAAUCGACGAUUGUUUCGCAGACUCUGCAUCAUCGAGAGUUCAAUCGGAGGUUUUAUUCUUUAAAUCUUUUCUUAACUCUUAAUCUUUAAAUCAUUUUUUAAAUUUGUUCUUCAUGAUUAAUUCUUAACUGAUUGAGUUUUGCUUCAUAUUUCGAUUGUUCGUUUUGAAUUUUGAUUUAUGAAUUUUAUUCUUGUUCAUGAUUUCAAUUGUUUGUUUGGUUCUGUAGUGUUUGUUACUUUGUUUGGUUCUUUAGUAAUUGUUUGACAUGAUACUGUUUUGUUAUUUAUGCAGAUGGCUUCUUCUGACCUUCCACAACAAGACAACGGCAAUCAACCAAUGGAUGAGGACUUAUCUUCUGAUGAGGAGAUGGAAACACCGGAGAGCAACGGUACUAGAGCUACUGGUACUUCUAGUUUAGGGUCAAGGAAGAAGACCCGUUCUUUUGUCUGGAAGCAUCUCACCAGGCUGGAAAACAACUACGACAGGUGCAAAUGUCGUUAUUGUGGGAAAGAGAUGAGUUGUGACACGAAGUCUGGCACCUCCAACCUCAGGAAGCAUGUACUUGGGUUCAAGGCAUUCCUCGCAUGGAAGGCAGCAAAAGCAUUGAAAGGGGAGGGUAAACAGACAGAGUUGACUCCAGAUGAAGAAGACAACUUGAGUGUGUUUAAGGUGUCUGAAGAUGUUUUCAGAGAGGCGAGUAAUGAGCUGAUCAUACUAGGCGAGCUGCCUCUGGCCAUUAUUGAUAGCUUGGCUUGGAGAUACUUCUGCUUAAAGGUUCAGCUGCACACGCCGGUUUGCAGGAAGACUUCUACAAAGGAUAUUGUGGCGAUGUAUGCAUCCAGGAAAGCUCAGAUGAAACAAGUUCUUGGACAGAACAAACAAAAGUUGUCUCUGACGACAUACAUCUGGGUUGCUCCGUACACUUCAGCAAGCUACAUGGUGAUCACUGUACAUUUUAUUGAUGCAAGUUGGAAGCUUAGGAAGAUGAUAAUAGGGUUCAAGAAUGUUGAGGAUCACAAAGGGUCUACGAUUGCUAAGGUGCUGAUUGAUUGCUUAGCUGAGUGGGAUAUAAGAAGAAUCUUUUGCAUCACGGUGGAUAAUGCAACAGCAAACACCUCAUCUAUGAAGAAGUUCAAGGAAGAUUUCGUGAGUCAUGGUGAUGAUGCUCUGGUCUUGAAUGGAGAAUUCUUGCACAUUAGGUGUGCGACACAUAUCUUGAAUCUCAUUGUCAAGGAAGGCUUAAAUGAGAUCGAUGACAGUAUCAUUGCCAUUCGGAAUGCCAUUCAGUAUGUGAGGUCUUCAACAAAUCGUCUCACGUCCUUCGAGUUUAGGGUUGAAACCGGGAAGAUGACUAGAGGAAGUCUGCCAUUAGAUGUGAAGACCAGAUGGAACUCUACAUAUCUCAUGCUAGAUCAAGCUUUGAAGUUCCGGGUAGCAUUUGAGAAGAUGCAGUCUGAAGACAAACCAUACAAUGAUUAUUUCAUGGAGAUUACAGAUGGGAAGAAGAGGAUUGGACCACCAUCAACAACAGAUUGGGAAGAAGUUGAGAGGUUGGUUCACUUUCUUGUUAUCUUCUACAAUUCUACUUUGAUACUCUCAGCUUCGAAAUCCAUCACUUCACACAAGAUCUACAAUGAGAUAGUCACCAUCAUUAGGAAUGUUAGUAAGAUAAGCAGCGCAACUGGUCCUGAAUCUCCUGAUGAUUCAUUGAAGUACAAAGCUUUGUCUAUGAUGGGGAAGCUAAGGAAAUACUGGAAUCCGUUCCUGGAAGAAGAUGAACCCGAGAAGAGCAAGUCUAAGAGCUGUAAGAUGAACAAGCUCCUUAUAGUUGCAUCUGUCUUUGACCCAAGAAAGAAGAUGAACUUUGCUAACCUCUGCUUGGAGAAGUUGUAUGGUAAAGAAAGCAUCGAGUAUACUCUGCUUUCUGAAUCUAUGUUAGACAUCUUGAAGAGGCUUUAUGAUGAGUACAGUCUUGCCACAAGUGGUGGAGGGUCAGGUGGGUCAGGGUCACAGUCGCAAGGAUCAGCUUCUCAGUCCCAAGAUGCCGGUGCAGUUUUUGAGUCCAGAGUUCUUGGUAAUGGCCUUGGAUAUGAACGAAUGGAUAACCUCUACGAGGAGUUUAUACAAGAAGCAUGCACUCAGGAUUCUAGUAAUGAGUUAGAGGUGUAUCUGUCAGAGAAAGUCGAGACCACAAAACCUAUGCUUGGAACCGAGUUUGAUGUUUUGUCAUGGUGGAGAAGAAACAGUCUGAAGUUCCCAACAUUGUCUCGAGUUGCUGCUGAUAUUCUUGCUGUUCAAGUAUCAUCUGUAGCAUCAGAGAGUGCAUUUAGCACUAGUGGGAGAGUCCUAGACACGUAUAGGAGCUGCUUGACACACUUUAUGGUUGAAGUGUUGGUUUGCACACAGCAGUGGUUGAAAUCAGAGUUGCAUAUGAAAGAGAGAGGCAUUUCUACCAUAGAACAACUACUUGAAGCUGUGGAGUUGGAAGAUGAUCUCAUGAGAGCGAAUGAUCCUGGACUCCAAGAAUAAGGAGUGGAAAGUGGCUGUCUCACUUGAAGUUCAAGAAGACCUCUUUUGUGUUGUGUGUUUGUUUUUUAACUCAUCUUUCUUUGUCUUGUGUUGGUUUUGUGUUCGGUCUUGGUGUGUUUUAGGAAACAAUUUUUCAUUUGCUAUGUUUCUAAAACUUUUGUGUUUGAGUUCCGACUACUGUUCGGACUUCGGAUAAUAUGAUAUGAGUGUUUCAUUUUCUAUGUUUGUUAAACAGAUGUUUGAGUUCGGAUAAUAUAUAAGUAUGUUUCGGUUUUUUUUGGCAUU